AUGUCUCUCGAGCAGGCCGCCCGGGACCUGACCCAGGCCGUCAGCGGCAUCGACUACGACGGCGCCGCGGUGCACAAAUGCCGCGUCGCCCUGCACGGCGGCAUGGCCUCUGCCACCGCCAGUGAGCUCGCCGCCGCGCUGCAGAUCCUCGUCGAACGCAUCGCCGCGGCGCAGGUCGACGACGCCGACGGCGUGGCCUUUGCUGCCCUCACGGCUGGCGCCCUCGUCGAGACGGGCGCCCCCGUGCACGCCCUCGCCGCCGUGCUCCUCGCCAAGGUCCCUGAGUUCCUCGCCGCCGCGCGACGCUUCGCCGACACGUGCCUCGCAGACCUGCUCUCGCAGGAGGAGGAGGAGGAGAACCCGCCGCCCGAAGACCAGGUGCUCGCCGAGGUCGACGGCCGCCGCAUCACGCACUACGUCUUCCGCAGCCACGCCCCGGACGACCGCGGCGGCGCGUCCGCCCUCGCCCUGCUGCAGCCGUGGACGCUGCCGGCCGUCGCCGCGCUGUCCCGCGACCGCGCUGCCCUGCGGCAGGCUGCCGCCGACGACAGCCCGCUCCGGAAGGCCGCCCUCACGCUGACGCAGUCGCACGCGCAGUGGCUCGCCAUCCUGCUGAGCGCGCAGCUCGACGCGCCGUGGCUGGUGCUCUGUCCGCGCGAGAAGCGCGGCUUCCGCAUGCUCGUCGACGGCGUCGUGAGCAACUACGACCUGCACGCCCUCGUCGGCGACGUCCUCGUCGAGAAAGGCCUUCCUGGGGAACGUAACCCGGCUGCGCUGAUUGCGUACAUCAAGGGCGAGGCGCUAGCGCGUGGCGAGGCCGAGUCGGUGAGCGGCCAGUUUCAGUUUUACGAGUGGCAGGCCGCGGCGUACAACUGGGAGGAUGCGGAAGUCGCGCACCCCGCCGGUCACUAUGUCUGGGGCGAGGGCAUCCCGAGCGGCGUGCCCAAGUUCAAGAAUGUCCCGACCAUGAUUGUCGGCCCGCAAACGAUUCAACGCUCGUGGAACAAUCCCAGGACGUUUGGGGGGCUGCGGUGCAAUGUAAGCAUCACAGAGGAGCUCAAAGAGGACGAGGUCGUGUCUCUGCUGGCAGAGAUGAAGGUAGCUGCGGUGCCAGUCGAAUGA